CAGUAUAUAAGCAACUGCUUACACUGUUUGGUUCAAAAAUUUUCGUUGAAGUUGUUUAAAUCAUCUUUUAAAUAUUUAUUCAAGACCAUGGAAAAAAGAAGUAAAAAGCAAGUUGUAUUCAACUGCUUCAUAUUUUCUCUUCUCUUUUGGAAAUUAUUAAAGACAAACGCUGAAGAGUUGACAAUUGUAGAAAAACAAUUACACGUGCCUCCCUUGAGUGAAUUACAAAAUGUUUUCAGUACAGAGCUUUUAAAAAACUUUGCUCAAGUUACGGUCGAAAUCGUUGAAUCUCCAGACUUAACUCAAGAACCUUUCUACCUAGCAGCUACUGGACUGACAGGAAGUCCAAUACUUCUAGACGUCGGUGGAACUUCUCUGUACAAUACUGAAUUUGAUAAACAAAAAUUAUUCGACCUUAAAGCUAUUGUCGAGAAAUUGAACCGCCCACUGGGAUCACUUGUAAUAGGUGCUGCUUUUGGACCCUGGGUUUAUCUGGGAAAAGAUUGCGAUGUAGCAGUUAACAUAGUUCUGGAUAAAGCAGAAUCCACCACAAGCUCCUAUAUCAUAUCACUCGACAAGACUCUCGGAAAAAUUGUCUGUCAGGUGCUGCCUUUAAAUGAAACUCGAUUUGCAGUACAGGGAAGUUUAUUUCUAAGCGAUGGAAAAGGGGGACAGGUCAUAAAAGUUGUUGCCGAGAAUCGAAUAGGCGAAGAUAGUUUCAUUGCUAGUAUGAGAAGGAGCAUUACAAAUUACUAUGGAGCAGAGAAACUUGUUGGUAUUGGUGGAGUCUUUGCGUUACAAACAGGGAAAAUAAAUGAAGCUUUUCCGAACCUACUAGAGGAACCUGUACCUGAGGGUAGCAAAUUAACACGGGUCACCAAUUUUUAUCUAGAUGAAGGUUCUGCUGUGGAGACUGGAGUCGGUACUUUUGUUUCUGAAAGAACAGAUCUUGAACUUACACCAAAUCACUUCCAUUGCUUUUCUCCACAUCUCGAUUGUGGACAUUAUGUUCGUGACACCACUCCUGAAAUUGCAAAAUAUGAAGGAUAUUUCUUACCUGCAGAAUCUCUGAUGAGAAUAGAUCAAGCUCCUGAAGAUCAGAGAUUAAUUGGACUUGAUCAUUUCUGAAUUAACUUAGUGAGAAAUUUCUUACACUGUUUCAUGUUUAGUAAAUUGGUUUCUUGAUUCUCCAUCUUGAAUGCAAAAUUAUUUUUCACAUGUUAUGAAAAAUAUGUUAAGGUUAAAUACGCUAGUAAGUGACCCUGUUAGUUGUAGGAUUACAAUAUUCAGCUUUUCAUUGUCGUAUAUGCUUCUAUUAAGAGUUUUUUUAUAAGUAACAUUAAAGUAUUUGUUUUUUAAUACUAAAAGAAUAGUUUCAGCAAUGUCCGCAUUGCUUGUUAUUAAUUAUUGAUUUUGGGUGUGCUUCAUACGAGUUAAUGGUUUAGUGACACCUGUGCACCUUUCAAUGACAGUACUCCUCAUCUAUCACUGACAGAUUAGUAGUAUGCUAAUGAAUGUCUUAAAGCUAGGAUGUACUUAAUAGAUAAACAAAUGAUAAAUUUUAUGUAUUGCAAUUAAAGCAAAUUUUGCUAAUGAUGACUUUAGGAAAAAAAAGAAUGAUUUAAGGAAUCAGAUUUUUCGACGAAAAUGUGAAUUCUUCUGCUCAAAUUAUAGCAGGCGAAUUGUUACUAGAACAUCAUUAAAAAUGCCUUUUCUAACGAAUUGGCGAGCCCUCACCGUAACAAAUGGAGGCUGCUAUAAUUUGACUCAGAAACACACUUUUAGCAGAUUUAUGCCAUAAGAGUGACUAUCAAAGUUCGAUAAAAUUUGAAAAAAAUAUCUUAAAAUUAACAGCAACAACGUUUUCUUUUACUCGAAACACGACUGAUUCUCCUUGAAAUACAUUUUCCUGAUUAUGUCACUCACGUUAUUCUUUAUGGAUACUGUGACCUGUUGGUAUUUUUCAUCAUAAUAAAUCAUUAGACAAGCCUUUGCCCUCCAGACAACUACUCACCAAACACACAAAAAUAUUCCGACUGUCACUUAUCCUUCUCAUUUUUCACAACAUUUUGUUUGACACACGAUAGCGCACAGACUCGCUCGUGCCCUCUGAGCACUACCCCUACUUGUAACUCUCACUACUUGAGAGGCGCAUGUCUAGAUGGCCCACCGGCGUUUAAAUAUGUUUUAUACACUGCUUUCAAAAUUAUUUUCCAGAAAUAUUUAUAUGCAAUUUAAUAUUGGAGCAUGAUACUUUUUACGAAGCCUUUAUUCUUAUUUUCACACAAAUUAAAUGUGUCAAUAAAUAAAGAUAUGCAUCCAGGUUGUCACUUACCAUUCGCAUGUCACUAACUGGCGUCUUUACCUUACGAUGUUAAAGAAGUAUUUUUUUGUAAAUUCCACAAUAAUUCAAUAAAAUAUUUGGCAAAAUAGUAA